AUGAACAAUUUCCGUCACGGUGCCUCUACUGCCAGCACCGAUACUGUCAGCACCGCCAGUGACGGCGCCACUAGAUCAUGGCGAGUGUUCGCACGGGAGGUCAAUGGGGCCAGUGUGGCACACACGGGCCUGUGCGACUUCGACAACGCCGACCCAGCGAGCGGCAACGAUUGCAAAAUCUGUUGCCUGGGUUGUUUUUGCCCGUGUGUGCUAUUCGGCAUUAACCGGGAAAUGCUGACAGGCGACGAGAACGAGUUCUGUCGCUGCUGCUGCAGCUUCUUUCUUCUGAAUUUUGCUGUGGAGACCGUUGCCAACAUGACAAAUGGGUAUCCUGCUGUGAUCUAUCUGUUCCCGUUGUUCACGUCGCCUACACGAACAGCGAUCAGGAACAGAUAUGGCCUUCAGAGUGAGGCGAAAUUGGUAUGCAGGGAUCCGCACCCAGUCUUCGAGAGGGUGUGUGAUUGCCUCAUCCACACCUAUUGCCUGGGGUGUGCUCUUUGCCAGGAGUCUCGCGAGCUUAUGCCAUCAAGUGACUUCCGUCCGUCCGUUUUGCCCCGGUCCGCUCGGUACAGUCACGCCAUCAUGCCUGGGAGCGGCGAGACGGCCAUAGGCAUCGAUUUAGGCACAACGUACAGCUGCGUGGGCGUGUGGCAGCAUGACCGGGUUGAGAUUAUAGCGAAUGACCAGGGCAACCGCACCACGCCCUCGUUUGUAGCAUUCACUGACACUGAGCGGUUGAUUGGCGAUGCUGCUAAGAACCAAGUGGCUAUGAAUCCCACCAACACGGUUUUCGCUGUCUCCCCCCCUUCUCUCUCUCCCACUCCCCCGUUCCUGCCUUGCCUCUCUCACCCCUACUCCUCCUCUUCCUUCUACUCUUGCUCUUCAGAUGCCAAGCGGCUCAUCGGGCGGCGUUUCUCGGACCCUACAGUCCAGGCCGACAUGAAGCACUGGCCCUUCAAGGUCUUUUCCGGUCCCGGAGAUAAACCCAUGAUAGAAGUACAGUACAAGGGCGAGCGCAAGCAAUUCGCUCCGGAGGAAGUUUCCUCGAUGGUUCUCACCAAGAUGAAAGAAAUUGCCGAAACGUUUCUCGGGAAGAAGAUUAAAGAUGCGGUGGUUACGGUCCCGGCCUAUUUCAACGACUCGCAGCGGCAGGCGACGAAAGACGCAGGAGUUAUAGCGGGGCUGAAUGUAAUGAGGAUAAUCAACGAGCCGACGGCGGCGGCUAUCGCGUACGGGUUGGAUAAGAAGGCGAGCCGAAAGGGCGAGAACAAUGUACUGAUUUUCGACCUGGGCGGCGGGACGUUUGACGUGUCGAUUCUGAGUAUCGAGGAGGGGAUUUUCGAGGUUAAGGCGACAGCGGGGGAUACACACUUGGGAGGGGAGGACUUUGACAACCGGCUGGUCAGCUUCUUUGUACAGGUGAGGGGGGGUUUGCAGGGCGAGAAUAACAUGCUGAUUUUCAAUCUGGGCGGCGGGGCGUUUGAUGUGUCGAAUCUGAGUAUCGAGGAGGGGAUGUUGGAGGGGAAGGCAUCGGCGGGGGAUUCGCACUUGGGAGGGGAGGAUUUUGACAACCGGCUUGUCAGCUUCUUCGUGCAGGGGCUAGUAGCACAGGAGGAGGGGAUUUUUGAGGUGAAGGCGACGGCAGGGGAUACUCGCUUGGGAGGGGAGGACUUCGUCAACCGGCUGGUCAGCUUCGUUGUGCAGGAGUUCAAGCGCAAGCACAAGAAGGACAUGAGCAGUAAUCCGCGCGCCAUCCGCCGUCUUAAAACGGCCUGCGAGCGGGCCAAGCGCACCCUAUCCUCCACGGCGCAGACCACCAUCGAGAUUGAUUCGCUGUACGAAGGAAUUGACUUUUACAGCACCAUCACCCGGGCGCGCUUUGAAGAAUUGAACAUGGACCUGUUCCGGAAGGUACGUAUCCUGGUUACCAGUCAACACUCGAUGCAAUGCAAGCUCAACCCCUCUAUUCCCUGGGAAAGCCUUGCCCAUCCCCUCGCUCCCUGUGUGAGGGCCAAGCGCAACCUCUCCUCCACGGCGCAGACGACCAUUGAGGUCAAGUCUGUCUACAACGGGAUUGAUAUCUACAGCACCAUUACUGGGAAGCAUCUCAGUGGAAUAGCGAGAUCCAUGACGUAUUUCUCGUUGGCGGUUCCACCCGCAUCCCCCUUUCCCCUUCCUGUCCUCCCCCAAGCAGCUACUCCAAGACCUGUUCCAUGGGAAGGACCUCUGCAAGAGCAUCAACCCGGACGAGGCCAUCACUGCACUUCCCACCACUUCUCACUGCUUCUUCUGCCCCUCCCGCUUCUCCCCGUCCAUCAGAGCAUGGAAGAACCAGUUGAGAAAUGCCUCGCUGAUGCCAAGCUGAGCAAUUCUCAAAUCCAUGACGUCGUUUUAGUUGGUGGCUCUACGCGCAUCCCCAAGGUGCAGCAGCUGCUGCAAGACCUCUUCCACGGGAAGGAGCUCUGCAAGAGCAUCAACCCCGACAAGGCCGUCGCAUGUUGCAUGAGCAUGGAGCCGGUGGAAAAAUGCCUUGCAGACGCCAAGCUGAGCAAAUCACAGAUUCAUGAUGUCGUAUUGGUGGGUGGCUCGACUCGCAUUCCCAAGGUGCAGCAGCUGCUGCAAGACCUCUUUCACGGGAAGGACCUCUGCAAGAGCAUCAAUCCCGACGAGGCCGUCGCAUACGGCGCAGCCGUGCAAGCAGCAAUUCUCACCGGACAGGGCAGCGAGCGGGUUCAAGACUUGCUGUUGCUCGAUGUGACCCCGCUUUCCCUCGGUCUCGAGACGGCCGGAGGGGUGAUGACGGUGCUGAUCCCGCGGAAUACCACGAUUCCGACGAAGAAAGAGCAGGUUUUCUCGACGUUUUCGGACAACCAGCCGGGGGUGCUGAUUCAGGUGUUCGAGGGGGAGCGCUCGCGGACUAAGGAUAACAAUCUCCUCGGGAAGUUCGAGCUGUCAGAGAUUCCACCGGCGCCACGGGGGAUCCCGCAGAUUAAUGUGACCUUUGAUAUUGACGCGAACGGGAUUUUGAACGUCAGUGCGGAGGAUAAGACGACGGGGCACAAGAAUAAGAUCACGAUCACGAAUGACAAGGGGCGGCUGAGCAAGGAGGAUAUAGAGCGGUUGGUGCAGGAAGCAGAGCGGUACAAGGAGGAGGACGAGCAGGUGAAGAAGAAGGUCGAAGCGAAGAAUGCUCUUGAGAACUAUACUUACAACAUCAGAAACACCAUCCGGGAUGAGAACGUGGGGUCCAAGCUGCCAGCAGCGGACAAGAAGAAGGUGGAGGAUGCGGUUACCAGCACUGUAGAGUGGCUGGACCACAACCAGCUGGCGGAGGUGGACGAAUUCGAGGACAAGCAGAAGGAGCUGGAGGGGAUUUGCUCACCCAUCUUCUCCCGCAUGUAUCAGCAGCAGGGUGGGGCAGGAGGUGGAGAGAUGGGUGGUGAUGAAUCGAUGGGCGGUGCUGGUCCUGGUGGUGGUGGUGGGAGUGGUGAGAAGGGUCCCAAGAUUGAGGAGGUGGAUUAG